CCCAUUUGUACUAGCCCAAAAGGGGGUUUUUAACGCCAGUGUUGAGGGCUGAACAGCCGGUCAAUGCGUCGUGUCUCCGGUUAUCGUUUUGUGAGAGGGCGAGGGUUAAAAAUGUGAUGCGAAAAAGCCUGGAGAGGCUCAGACGGCGUCAUUAAUUUAACCCCAGGUCAGGACUGCCGUGGACUUUCUCGCCGCAAAGACUUGAAAGACUGGCUGAAAAAGAAAAAAAGAAGGAUGGUUUUACAUUUCCCAGUGUCCUGAUAACUCCACCUUUGAACCCUACAGCGAGAACGUUAAACUGAGCUGCCAUCAGGAGCGAGGACUACGUAGGUUUCAAGCUCCAGUUCACACAACAGACAUCAUGUCUUCCCGGGAGCGUCGCACAGAUGUCUACAUAAAGGCAGAACCGAGCAGCCCGGAGGGAGGAGGGGGCGGUCGAACCAGCCCCGGCGGGGCCUCUUCAGACUCCUCUCAAAGCGGAGGUGGAGGAACCAGAGGAGACGGCCCCAAACGUUACUCGCCGCCGCUCUACACGCCGGGUCUGCGGUGUCAUUUUAARGACGAGGGAGGCGACGGCGCCGAGGAGGGCUCCACCGGUAACGGAGCAGGGCGAUGCAAGUACGCCCUGAGCACACUACCCAAGAGGCUGUGCCUCGUCUGUGGAGACGUGGCRUCAGGGUACCAUUACGGCGUGGCGUCCUGUGAGGCCUGCAAAGCAUUCUUCAAGAGAACCAUUCAAGGAAACAUUGAGUACAGCUGUCCAGCAUCCAACGAGUGUGAGAUCACUAAACGACGCAGAAAGGCCUGCCAAGCGUGCCGCUUCACUAAGUGCCUCAAAGUAGGCAUGCUGAAAGAGGGAGUGCGUCUGGACAGAGUCAGAGGAGGAAGGCAGAAGUACAAAAGACGUCCUGAAGUGGAGAAUGCAACGUACCAGAGUGCCCCUCUACCGCUGACUAAAGAGAGUGAAAAAGGCUCCUCCAACAUCAUCGUGUCCCAUCUGCUGGUGGCAGAGCCAGAGAAGUUGUUUGCCAUGCCCGACCCUCUGCAGCCGGACACGGCUCAGCGUACGCUCACCACGCUGUGCGACCUCGCUGACCGCGAGCUGGUCGUGAUCAUCGGCUGGGCCAAACACAUCCCCGGUUUCCUGUCUCUGUCUCUGGCAGACCAGAUGUCCGUGCUGCAGUCGGUGUGGCUGGAGGUGCUGGUGCUGGGCGUAGCGUACCGCUCGCUCGGCUGUGAGGACGAGGUGGUGUUUGCGGAGGAUUUCGUCCUGGACGAGGAGAUGUCGCGCGCCGCCGGACUGACGGAGCUGAACGCAGCAAUAAGCCAACUCGCUCGCCGUUUCCGUGCGCUAAAUGUGGACCGGGAGGAAUUUGUCAUGCUUAAAGCCAUCGCUCUUACAAACUCAGACUCUGUUUACAUCGAGGACAUGGAAGCCGUGCAGAAGCUGCGGGACCUCCUCCACCAGGCCCUGCUGGAGCUGGAAUGUCAGCGGCGCCCGGACGAGCCCCAGCGGGCGGGACGCCUCCUUCUAACGUUGCCUCUCCUCCGACAGACUGCGGGCCGCGCUCUGACCACCUUCUACAGCAUUAAGACCCGCGGGGGGGUUCCCAUGCACAAACUGUUCCUAGAGAUGCUGGAAGCCAUGAUGGACUCUCCGUAGAGACGAGGAACCAUCGAAGAUGUCCGAAAAAAAACCAAGCUGGUCUUCAGAGUGGACGAGUGUUUUAUAAAAAAGGAAAGCCUUUUUUUAAGAGAGAAUUAUUCACGAGGAAAUGACACUUUUCUGUUUUGAGCAGAGCGAACAGAGGAAAAUCUAGAAAAGGAGCAGCUUAUUUAUUCACAUUUUAAGUGAAAAACAAGCUUUUUACGUAAAGAUAUAACUGCCAAACGUUUAAAGGCUUCACGGUGUAAUAUUUGACCUUCUUCAUGGUUUGUUCAUCGCAGCAUCGAUCUGCUGACAUUUAACCACUUAAGGACGACUUUUARGUACCCAAGAACAGACUGCGCUCGAGUAGCUUUUGAACUUUUUAUUUUUUGAUUUUUAAAACAAUGCUACAUCUGCACAUAAAAGCCAUAUUAACAUAUCUGACGAAAAGCUUGAGGGUCCAAGAAAAGUGGAGGGAAAUACACGYGCAGUGCUUUUUAUCUGCUGUUUGCUCGUGGCGUCGCAGGCAAACCAUAGGAAUCGCUCGCAAUACGCUAAAAGCAAUAUAACGAUUCAGUUAUUGUUUGUUCAAUUCAACGUGUAGAAGAAUGAGAUGUCCUUUUACUMUGUGUUAUUUGUUCUUCACUCUUCUGAACCCUUGCAUCCCUGACUACACUGGUUCUGGAGCCACCUGAAAGGCUUUAUUAGAGGUCUACAUGUGGUGUUUGAAUAAGACACAUCUGGCUUCCAGUAUGCGUGUUUGUGAUCACGUGCACUCACUGAGAUCAGGGAAGAUCACAUCUCUUUAUAUUCAAACUUUUGUGGCAACAGUGAAGAUAAGAGCGACGAGGAAGCCUCAUCUGCUUUUUUAUUUUUAUUUUAUUUUAUCCCCCUCCUCCACUAAAACCACACUAUGACCUCUGCUGCUGUGUUUUUAGAAAAAAGAGAAAAAAAACUUUGUCCUUGUUUCAUAUGUGGGAUAAAACGUGUAACACUAUAUGACUGAUCUGUGCACGUGCCGGGACUGCGCUGCACUUGCUGCAGCAGGGAUGAACGUCGCGUCCUCCUCUUCCUCCUGUGGAUGCACAUCUACUGAACUCCAGCCCUGGAAUGGGCUCAGGGCUACAAGAAAUGCAACUUAUGCAACAUCUUUACUUUUUUUCGGAUGUUGAAACUUUGUCUGGUAACGUCCCCGAAAGUCCCGCUCUUUCAAAAUGUUUCUAUAGCUGCCGUAUAAAGGAUCAUUAUAAGUAAGCUUAAGAUGCAGUGGGGGGAAACAAAAAAACAAAAAACAUUAAUAUCUGAUGUAAAAAUUUUGAUUUAUUGAAAAAAAAAAAAUGAAGUGGCCAGCUGGUCAUUACUCUUUUAGCCAUGUACAGUUCCAUAUAAAUAAAUAAAAAGUAAACAUGCAAUUAUUUGUAGUGGAAGAUAAUAAAGCCAGCAAAUGUAAAACAGAUUUAUCAUCACGGUUAUAUUUGUGCAGCUUCCAGUGUGCUGAUGUUUGUAAAGACUUGAAACUUCAUUUUGACAUCGUGGCUCUGUUGUGGGUUGGAAAUCAAGCCUUUCAUUUGUUCUUUUAAAACAAAUGUUGCCUGUUUAGGGAUCAGAACUAAACGGCUCAAGGUAAGGAGGCCUGAUUAUAGUGGAAAUAAAAACACUUUGGCAUUGGAUGAACCAAAUGUAGUUCAUUACUUUAAUGCAUGUGUCUCAGUGGUUCUGCUUUCAAAGAUGGAUCGUACUGAAGUAAAAACACAGGUACUUUAGAGAAGGUACUGAUAUCUGACAAAAUGUGACUCAAAUUUGACGUUUGCUGUUUUCACAGGUUACGCCUGUUUAAUAAAAUGUCUGGUUUUAACUGCAAGGGUAAAUUUAAGCUCCACGUCAUCCAUGUUUUUGCAGCGUCACUGUCCGGUCAUUUGUUUUACUAAAUGUGCACAUUAAUAUAAACGAGCAAUACAACAAAUUACCAAACCUCACACACUUCCUUGUACAGUCACAGUGUACAUUUACCAUUGUCAGUUAAAAGGAUAUAAAAAAGAAAGUUAAAAAAGCGACUUAAUGUUAUCUUAUUUAGAGAUUCAAAUCAAUGUUUGUAUUUUGAAGAGUAUUUAAAUGAUUAAAUUCUAUUUUUUACUCAAUUAACCGUUGUUUGUUUGACACUGCUUUAUUUUUGUGUGCUGUAUAUUUCUGUAUGUAGGCUUUUUGUUUUAGAUGAAACCGUCUGAUGUCCUUGUCUAAACAUGUUCUCAUUAAACUCACUGUGAAAGAAAAAAAAAGUGAGGUCUUCCACUGUCUGAUGCUACAGGGAGUGGAUUCUGUCGGUGCUUCUUGUUGUGUAAUAAAUGGACACACCACCACA